CCCAGCAACGGUCGCAAGGUUAGGAAGCAACGGCUGCUCGGUCUCCUUCCUUCCGGCUCUUCCCUCUCAAGCCGCGCGGUGAGGCCUCUCUUCCGCUUCUGUGGGAUUUGGGAGGGAGGAGACCCUCUGUGGAAGGCCCAGCCUGGCCGGGAAGGAGGGCUCGACAGUAUUGUGUAGCCUUUGCUUCUUGACAUAAAAAGGGAAGAGGUUCUUCAACCAAGAUGGAAGCUGUUUUGGAGCCCAGAGUGAAGAUGGAGGAGCCAAGUCCACCCAGCUCUGAAGGAGGAAGAAAGCCCAAUGAAACGCGGGACAAGAGAAGGGUUGGAGUCUGGGAGAGAACAGGGCAGAAUGCAGACCUUCAGUGCCAGCGCUUCCGGCGCUUCUGUUUCCAGGAGGCCUUGGGGCCCCGAGAGGUCUGCAGCCGCCUCCACUCUCUCUGCCGCCUGUGGCUGAAGCCAGAGCGACACUCCAAGGCGGAGAUGCUGGACCUGGUGCUCCUGGAGCAGUUCCUGACCGUCCUUCCUGUGGAGAUGGAGCGCUGGGUGAGAGAAUGUGGGGCAGAGACCAGUUCCCAGGCCGUGGCUUUGGCUGAAGGAUUCCUCCUGAGUCGGGCACAAGAGGAGAAGGCGCUGCAGGAAGAGCGGCAGGAGAGAGAGGUCCUUCAGGCCCAGGAGGCCCCAUUGGAGACCAGCCAGAGGUUCCCUUCCGGGUGGAUCAAGCUGGCGGAGGAGGUCACAAGAGCUGCUCCACCAGAGGAAGAGCCAAAGAUGCUGGGAAGCCAUAAUAGCUCAUCUCUUUAUGAGGCAGGAGAAAUGGCCUCAAUGGAACAGGAUCAGGUGACUUUUGAGGAUGUGUCUGUACAUUUCAGAGAGGAAGAGUGGGUCCUGCUAGACCCAGAUCAACAGGCCCUGCACUGGGAGGUCAUGGGAGAGAAUCAUAAGACGUUGGCCUCCUUAGGUGGUGCUGAAAAAAAUAAUGAAAAUGGGAGAGCGUCAUGUAAAGUGUGGUUGAAAACAAAAGGUUACAAAGAGGGGGAAGAGGGAAACCUGGAAAGGGAAAGAGAAGAUUAUAGAAGGAAGGAGUGUUCUGCCGAGACGAGGAAAAUCACAAUCCAAGAAAUAGUAGAUGAAAGCAGGGAGAUCAGGAACUGUCUGGUCUUUGAGAGCAGCUUCUUGCAUGAGGAAUCAUGCCAGAAUGGUGAUAUCAACAUCCAAAUAGAGAAAGGACAACCUGAAUGCCAUCAACUGGAAGAGAGCUUUGGAUCUAGUAUAAACCUUACAAACUAUGAAAAACCACAAAUUGUGGAUAAGCCAUAUAAAUGCUUGAAGUGUGGAAAAUGUUUCCAUCAUAGAGAAAGCCUAAGAAAACACCAAAAAACCCACUUGGGAGAGAAGCCAUAUAAAUGCCUGGAGUGUGGAAAAAGUUACUUUUGGAAUGGACACCUUAAAAGACAUGAAAGAACCCACACACAGGAGAAGCUAUAUAAAUGCCUGGAGUGUGGAGAAGGUUUCUCUCGGAAGGAAAACCUCAACAAACACAAAGAAACCCACGUGCAAGAGAAGCCAUAUAAAUGCCUGGAGUGUGGAAAAAGUUUCUUUCGGAACGGAUACCUCAAAAGACAUGAAAGAACCCACACACAAGAGAAGCUAUAUAAAUGCCUGGAGUGUGGAGAAGGUUUUUCUGAUAAGAGAAGUCUAAUUGGACAUGAAAUGAAUCACAGAGGAGAAAACCCAUAUCAAUGCCUGGAGUGUGGGAAGAGUUAUAACCGUAAAUCCGCUCUUACCACUCACCAGAAGAGUCAUACACACAGCAACUCAUAGCAACUCAGUGAUUCCGGCCAUGAAAGCCUUCGACAACACUAGUUUGGGAAGAGUUUUAGAAUAGAAGAGUUUUAGUUAAAAAAAAACCUUGGAAUAGGCAUAUAGAAGAGAAAUCAAAGACAUGUCUGGGCUGAGGUAAGAGCUUCCACUGGAGAGCCCACUAAAGUCUCAAGGCCCACUAAAAAGAAGUCAAAAAGCUUGGAAUUUGAUAAGAGUUUGCACUGUAAACUCUUUGAAUUUGAAUUUAAUGAUUAUUGGAAUGGUCAUACAAAGAGAAAUCCUACACAUUCCUGCAUUUUGGAAAGGGUUGAGUUCAACAGCAAGCUUUCACGAUGUAGUAAAAAAUCCACACAGGAUAGAAGCCAUGGAAAUGCCUGGGGUGUGGUAAGGUCUACACAGAAGAAAAAUCCCCUUGAGCAUGAAACGACUCCCAGAGGAGAGAAACCUCUAAAUGCUCAGAGGGUGGGAAGAGUUGUGUCCUCAAAUCAGGUCUCAAAACUCUCCAGGAGAGAAAGCAUACACAUGCCAAGAGGAUGGGAAGAGUUCAGUCCUCACAUAAUGUAGGAAACACAUGUGGACAGAAAACUGCCCUAGGCUUCCCUCUUGUCUAGACUGACAGUUGAUUCAAGUCAUCUUGGACCUUUUCUUGGCACACUUUAAGGGAGAACUUGGCACAUUCAGCCCAGUAUUUGUGGCCCUGUCGCUGCUUUACCAGUUGAUAGGAUGUGGUUUCCACACUGGUUUUCUUUUUUUUCAGCUCUUUUGUGCUUGUUUUAGAAAGUUCACUGACAAUUGUUCUGUUUCUUGUAUUCUUUUGCAAAUGUCCAGAGAGAAAUAAAAGCAUCCCAUGGCCUCA